GCGCAGAAACUGGCGGGAGAGUUUGACUUAAAAAUGGCAAAAAUUAAGGUAACAAAAAGAAAUCAAACAGCCCAGAAACCACCAGCCAAAACUACCAGAACGAAAAGAUACAAAGUUACAACUGGACAGAAGGCAGUCAGCAGACGUUCAGAUCCAACAAGGAAAGCUUCUACCACAACAACACAAGUAAAUAUCCGAGAGAAUGUCUACUCCACAUACAAAAAGAAACUGGUGAAGGGUUGGAAGCCGCUGGAGAAAUCACUGAAGGAACACCUUGAUCAUUUGAUAGACAGUACUGUUAAGUUGGUGAAAAGCAGGUCUCAGUUUUCCAGGAACGACAAUGUUCAUCGUAAAAUGAACGAUGUUGGUAGAUUGUUGAAUGCAGAACUAGCCAAGUUGAAGGUACCCAGGAGCAAUUAUGGAAGCGUGAGGUCGCUGCACAAGACAGUGGGAGAGCUGGAGUCCAUGGUGGGGAGGCACGGGGAACAACAACAGGAGCUUAAGGCAGCCAUCAGACAGGAAGAGAGGAAACUAGAGGCCCUGGAAGAGGUCAGUGACUCCACAAACAAGCUGAAAUUGUGCAUACAGGUACCAAGUAACAAACUACAUCUGCCUAGCUUACCUGGCUUACAUACCUCACUGCAACAGCAGGAGAACACAGGGUGAUGGACAGGUGGAUUAGAUGUUCUAAACAUUAUUUUAGUGACACGAAAAGGCAGAGCCUCAUUUGUCUAGGAGGCAAAUUCUCUUUGAACUAACACACAUACCAGUACAUUUAAUCUCUGGCUAUGUAACUGUAAUCGUUUAUUGCUACAUGUUUUUUUUUAAACUCUUUAAGUUUUGAAGACAUUGAGAUUUUGUCAAAGAGCUGGUGUUACUGGCAGCAGCAGUAGUGUAUAAACCUUUUUUUUUGAUAAUAACUCAAAAUCUGUUGAUAAUAUCCACAUGCACAUACUAUGUCAUGUUGCUUAUGGCUAAUAUGUGUGAGUACUGUUGUGUUAUACCUCUGUAAAGUGACCAUCAAGAAAAAAAUGACAAAUAUUGGUCUCAUGUGGACAAGCAUUGGCAGCCACUGAUAGACUAACAUUGGCAUCCACUGAUAGACUAACAUUGGCAUGCACUGGCAGACGAACAUAGAAUCCAAGGUAGACAAACAUUGGCAUCCACAGGAGGUAACCAUUUGGCAUACACUGGCAGUGUUUUUGUCUUCACAAAUGUCACCAUAAAGAAGUGACUCAAAUGACUUAAGGCAUCUUGCCCCAAUUUCUCUAAAGAUCUUAAGCAUAACAGGUUUAAGUAUCAUAUAUCAUUUUUAAUAGCCAAGUCACUUGCUUAAACUUGGUUUUGAGUUUAUCAUAACUUUCAUUGACAUACUUUUCAAUAACACAUAACAAUAAAAGGUGAGCAUACUUAAUCCUGUUAUACGGGACCUAAGAUUGUUAGAGAGGUCAGUUGUGAAUUCCUAGGCCAAUUGCUAUCGAGCGAAGGGUAACCAACAUCUUUGCAAUAUGUUACAUGGAAGUGUUUCAUAAGAUGAAAAUAAAUGUUGCAUAGGAGCAUGAUAAUGGUCCCACGUGCUUUGUCGCACUACGAAGUGGUUUAUUCUUGAGCAACUUGCCCCUGAAUUACAUGUUUUUUGUAAUUAAAUGAAUUGGAGUUGGUUUACAGCACACAUUGUACAUAGGGAAUGGUUUACUUCAUUUGACAGUGACAUGUUAAUAUAUGACUCUGUGUACUGUUGUACUGUACUUGAGCUGAAAAAUAGAUGUGAUUGGUUAAUUACUCUCGACAAUGUACAAUGCAAGCUGGAAUUGUAUGUACCUACAUUUUGAAAUACAGUAUUGUUACAUGAACCUUCUUUCAUUACAAAUUCAUGUGUUGCUGUAGUUGUUUCAUUUU